CCUGGGCUAGGCGCUGAGCUCUCGGCACCUAGGUGGGCAGGUGCGGGCCUGUGCGGGCCGCUGAGGAGCCCGCGGUUCUCAGGCGCGCCUAGCCGUCCGGGGAACUUCUGUGCCGCUGCGGCGUGAACUCCUGUGCACCUGCUCCUGGGCACCGACUGAGGCCAGAUCAUGGCUCUCCACCCUCGAAGAGUCCGGCUGAAGCCCUGGCUGGUGGCCCAGGUGGACAGUGGCCUCUACCCUGGUCUGAUCUGGCUACAUAGAGAUUCCAAACGCUUCCAGAUCCCCUGGAAACAUGCCACACGGCACAGCCCCCAACAAGAGGAAGAAAACACCAUUUUUAAGGCUUGGGCUGUGGAGACUGGAAAGUACCAGGAAGGUGUGGAUGAUCCUGACCCGGCUAAAUGGAAGGCUCAGCUCCGCUGCGCUCUCAACAAAAGCAGGGAGUUCAACUUGAUGUAUGAUGGCACCAAGGAAGUGCCCAUGAACCCUGUGAAGAUCUACCAAGUGUGUGACAUCCCCCAGCCCCAGGGCUCUGUCAUUAACCCAGGCUCCACAGGGUCAGCUCCUUGGGAUGAGAAAGAUAAUGAUGUGGAUGAAGAUGAUGAGGAGGAUGAGCUUGAUCAGUCGCAGCACCACGUUCCCAUCCAGGACACCUUCCCCUUCCUGAACAUCAAUGGUUCUCCUAUGGCACCAGCCAGUGUGGGCAACUGCAGUGUGGGCAACUGCAGCCCUGAAUCAGUGUGGACCAAAACAGAACCUCUGGAGAUGGAAGUGCCCCAGGCACCCAUUCAGCCCUUCUACAGUUCUCCAGAGCUGUGGAUCAGCUCUCUCCCCAUGACUGACUUGGACAUCAAGUUUCAGUACCGUGGGAAGGAGUAUGGGCAAACCAUGACGGUGAGCAACCCUCAGGGCUGCCGGCUCUUCUAUGGGGACCUGGGUCCCAUGCCUGACCAGGAGGAGCUCUUUGGUCCCGUCAGCCUGGAGCAGGUCAAGUUCCCAGGUCCAGAGCACAUCACUAAUGAGAAGCAGAAGCUGUUCACCAGUAAGCUGCUGGAUGUCAUGGACAGGGGCCUGAUCCUGGAGGUCAGCGGGCACGCCAUUUACGCCAUCAGGCUGUGCCAGUGCAAGGUGUACUGGUCUGGGCCGUGCGCCCCCUCGCUUGUGGCUCCUAACCUGAUUGAGAGGCAGAAGAAGGUCAAGUUGUUUUGUCUGGAAACGUUCCUGAGUGAGCUCAUUGCCCACCAGAAAGGACAGAUAGAGAAGCAGCCACCGUUUGAGAUCUACUUAUGCUUUGGGGAAGAAUGGCCGGAUGGGAAACCCCUGGAGAGGAAGCUCAUCUUGGUUCAGGUCAUUCCAGUGGUGGCUCGGAUGAUCUAUGAGAUGUUUUCCGGUGAUUUCACCCGGUCCUUUGACAGUGGCAGCGUUCGACUGCAGAUCUCCACUCCAGACAUCAAAGAUAACAUUGUUGCUCAGCUCAAACAGCUGUAUCGCAUCCUUCAAACCCAGGAGAGCUGGCAGCCCAUGCAACCUGCCCCCAGCAUGCAGCUGCCCCCUGCCCUGCCUGCCCAGUGAUCCUGACUGCCAUGUGUGCCCUCUUCUCUCCUCUCUCUUUUUUAUAUUGUAUAUAUGGAUUUUUUAAAUUCACAUUUAGCCAACUUUUAAGUCUCCUUUCUCUAACAUCAUUAGAGGUCUGUGACUUUCCAAAUAUGCAUGGUUUUAUGUUGCUUUAAUUUAUCAAGAUACUAUCCCUUUGAGGGGUUCCUCUUAGAUCUCCCUCAGUGGGUGUAGGAGAGAUUUGAUUUGGGAGUUUAGACACCAGAGUUCUAGCUGCAGCUGCACUUCCAUAAGGCAGGUCAUUUAACCUGAGGGCUUCAGAUGUAUCAUAUGUAAAUAGAUAAGGUUUGGGAUGAUGCCCAGUUGCAUUCAGCCUUAAAACUCUGACUUGAUUACUUUCCUCUACUUGUAUAAAACAAAACUGCCUGGAACAGGGCCCUUCUGCAUUGUUCUUAGACCAUGUUUUCCCCCUUCUUGCUUUCAUCCAAGUUCCUGAAGCACUGAUCUGUCCUGAAUUGAGCUCUGUUUGACUUGUUCUGCUAGUACAGUUGGCUGGCGCCCUGCUGGGGGAAGUAAGAGGGAGAGGAGCUGACUGGUUGCCUAGGAACCAGUUUGAGAUCUAAAUAGAAAUGGGUGCCAAGGUCUGAAAGUCACCCAACCUGUGGAGUUAAAGCUCAUAAAGUGAGUGUCAGAGGGGAAGCUGGUGACAGGGAAGGCCUAGGAUUCCAUGAAAGAAUGGUUGUCAGGUGUGAUUUUGUCACCACUACCUUCUAUGUGGGGUGGGUGAGUGCGUGUGACUCCAUGGUGGACUCCGGGUAGAUCUUCUUUUUCUCGAGUCUUUCUCUGAAGAUGACCUGGAGGGAGUUGGGCAUCUAGGAUAUACUCAGACAACAAAAGGGAUGGUUCCUGUGUAGAGACUUACAAGGGUCUUCCUGAGAUUUGGAUUUUUCCAAUUGGGAAGAAGGAGGUAUUAUGUUAAAGGUCUGGCCAGUGCUCUUCUGAGAAAUGCUCAAACCUGCUUAUAUGUCUUGCUGUAAGCAAUGGAGACUAGCAGUGUAGAGCACUGCACUGUGUCUCACAGAGUAUCUGCCCCAGUCCCUUCUUAUAAUUUGAAUUCCAAGACUCAGAUGAAAAAUGAGAUGUGUAUCUCUGGUUAUAGGCCCCAAUCCUUUUGAAUAUUGAUGUCUAUUUGUUUCAUGUAACAGGGCCCACACCCGUGUGCAUAGUCUGCUGCCCUUAAACUAAGAAUAGCACCUUCUACUUUUCAAACCACUGAAAGUUGGGAUGGAUUUAAAGUCUAAAAGCUCAACCCAAUCUUGGGUGACAGUGAGGCUUACUUACUUAGGCUUAUUUUCCUUGUCUUGCAUCUUUUUCAGAAUGCUGGGAGAGUAUAUGACAUGCAGGCAUCUUCUCUGAUCAUAUUCAGUAAGCUUUCUCUGGUUUUGAAACACACCAGGUAUCCUUUCUUAGGGCUCAGUUUCCUGCCUCUUCCAUUCACUCCCUAGCUGUCUUCUCCCUUGCUCUCCUCUCAAGAUUCAGAAGGGAGGAGGAUUUUCCCUAGCUCCUCCUUUUCCUCAAUGUGCACUCUAGAUUAACUCAAAGUUAAAAAGAACCCACUACAGGUAAACUGGGAAGGCAAAUGUCAAAUCUGGUCUCUUCCCCAUAAUUAAGUCCCUGGUUGUAUGUUUGCAUAGCAUCUUAAACUUUCAGAAUAACUGUGCUCUGUGUAAAUUCCUCACCAUCUAUGUCCUACGUGACUGUUUGUCUCGGAUUUACUGUCAGGUCCUCAGCAAUGUCUGCUACGGUGUGUUCUCAGAUAUCUGUGCUGUAAUAAAUGAACUAAGUCUU